AUGUUGCUUUAUAAUGCCAAAGUGUGCCGUUUGUGCUGUGACGUGAACGAAAACGGUCUUCCUCUGAAGGGGCUCAACCAUAACAGUGGCGAAUGCGAAAUCAGCAAGCUUAUCAACCAGUAUCUCCCCGUGAAGGUUAAUGACGAUGGUAUCCUGCCACGUUGGAUCUGCCCAGGAUGUCAUAUUCAAUUGGAGUCGACAGCACAAUUUUUCGAAAGAAUAUUUAAAGGACAGGAACAGCUCGUUGCAUUGAAGCAACAGCAAGAGGUGUUAGGCGGCUCAAUAUACGAUUCUUCGAAUCAGACAAACUUGCACGACUUUUGUGAGGAAUCUAAUCAUACCAUCUUUGAUGAUCAGAUUGAAAUAGAGCCAUCGCUAGUGCAGAAUUUGGAAGAUUUACCCAAACCGAACGGCAGCGCUCCUAUGUUGGUUAAGCAGGAUACCAUUGCUAAAGACGGGAAAUGUGACAAAAAAGACUUGAUUGUACAAUCCGAAGAAAUCAAAUCGAGUGGUCGUAUUAUUGGGUUUGUACACCACAAUCGCAGUAAAACAGAUAUGGGCAAUCUAGUGUUAGUGGAUAAUGAGGACGGAACGCACCAACUUGGAGCAGUAUUCAUGUGCGAUAUAUGCAGUGAAACAUUCGCGCAAGAAACUCGUUACUUAAAGCAUCGUAAAACACACAGAAUGCUGUUCGAAUGUUCCAACUGCUUAGUAAGGUUUAGUUCCGAUGGGAAGCUGGUAAUGCAUCAGCAGGAAACACUGCACGUGGGCAAAGGAAUCAUAGAAGGCCUGCUACUGACGGAGAACAACAAAAAUGAGCGAAAAAGCCACGGCACAAAGCUAUCGACAGAAGCUCCCAAUACCACGCAACGCGAUGGUAAAGAAGAUACGAAUUUAUAUGCUUGCGAUAGCUGUGAUAGCACCUUCACGCAGCUGAGCCACGUGCUCAACCAUGAGGAGUCGGCCCACGCUCACGAAAAUCUCUCUUUCAUUUGUAUCGAGUGCGGCAAAGCGUUCAAACAGAAGAAUCUGCUUCAUCGGCAUCAAUAUACACACGUAGAGGAACGGCCACAUCAGUGCGACGUUUGCGAGGCAGCCUUUAAAACUCGUUCUACACUUUUGAAGCACGCAAGAAUUCAUGCAACCGACAAAAAGCGCUACCAAUGUACGAUGUGCAGUCAACAAUUCGCCUACAAAACCAGCCUACACCAGCACGUAAACUGGCACAAUGGAGUUAAACCGUUCGCUUGUGAUCAAUGCUCGAAGCGAUUCUCCCAGCGAGGCAACCUGAAAGAGCACCAACGUGUGCAUUCUGGUGACAAGCCGUUCGAGUGUCACAUAUGUGAGGCAUGGUUUUCAACGAGCUCGCAGCACCGGCAACACGUCCAGCGUCAUGAUAAUGUUCGCACUCACGCGUGUGAUCUUUGUGAUAAGAAAUUUUCCUCGUCGGAAAAUUUUAAGGCGCAUCUGCGCCGGCAUCGAAAUGAAAAACCGUUUGCCUGCGAGAAUUGCCCGCGCACAUUCGUCGAACGGUCGGCGCUCAAGAAACACGUGCGAGCGCAUACCCAAGAGAAACCGUAUAGCUGCAAGCGCUGUAAGAAGGCGUUCUCCGAUUGCUCGAAUCUCACGCGGCACGUUUCCAAUGUUCACGACAAGAGGUCAAAUUCAAAACCCGAUCGAGAGGAAACCUAUCCGGCAGAGAUACCUAACGAUUUGCACGUCGUAAUCAAUGAUACAACCUUGUUUGAUAUCGACGUAGACUCCGUUAUCGCUAGCUGA